AUGCCUCGCAGCGAGAAGAUGCAGCGCGACCAAAACUCGACCUCGAGCGACGGCAACGCGGCCGGUAUGGAGGGCACCUCACCGCCGUCGCUCUCGAGCCCCACCCUCGACCUCCUCAGCGCAGUGCUGAGAAACAAGGCCCAAUCAUCAGCCAAGCUCCGUUCGCUUCGACCUUCUCCGUCGUCUUCUCGCUCCUCAUCCCGACGUCCAGGCGCACCGACCACGACGGCAUCGCGCUCCGGCUCGCACUCGUCUUCCGUCUCUGCCUCGUCGUCGUGGUCCGAGAGCCGGGGUGGAGGCGGCUGGAACCACUCUUCUGCAUCGUCGUCGACGUCCUGCGCCACAUCUUCCUCCGCUUCCACCUUUGUCGGAGACGAGGACGGGGACGAGGACAGGGGCAGGAAGGCACAGAGGGCGUCAAGAAAGGCGGGCACGUACGAGAUCGUCGACGAGUCCGAGGCGUUGGCGGAUCUGGAACGUCUGAAUGGCAUCAACUUUGACGAUCCAUGGCACAUUGGCUCCGGCGCCCUUCCCAUCUCGCUGCCGCCACCAUCGUCGUCGACGCGCACCGCAGUCCAAGAAGAGGCAGGGGGACGCGGCGGCGGCGAAGGCAGGAUCACGCUCGACGACUUCUACACCCUCUUUGGAGAGGAUUGGCAGCUCUCGCAGUUCUGGUACACCCAGUCGUUCACCGAGCAGCUCGCUCACCUCAUCCACCACCUCGUCUACCCAUCACAGGCCGAGGGGAGCGAGGAGACGUCGACGCGAAAGACCAUCGCCUUUCUGUGCUCCCCCACCGCCUACGUCGGGUACCACCACUUCAUCUCCCCCUCUUCUUCCAAGAUGACGACGACGACCAAGCUGCUCGAGUACGACACGCGAUUCGAGCUCCUCGCGCCCGGCGACUUUGUCAAGUACGACCUGCACGACCCGCUCAACCUCCCCUCGGACCUCGAGGCCAACGUCGAUCUCUGCAUCGUCGACCCACCCUUUCUCAACCUCGACACCAACCUCAAGAUCGCGCAGACGGUGCGCAGGAUCAAACGACCGGGUCGAGACGGAAAGGUGCUCCUCAUCACCGGAGACAGCAUCGUCGAGCAGGUCAAGGACCUCUACCUCGACGACCUCGCCCAGCAGCAGCAGCAGCCGCCACACGGAGGCAUGAAGCGCCUCGACAUCGAGGUGCAGCACCGGGGGCUGGCGAACGAGUUCGGCGCCUGGUGCAACGUCUAG